AUGGAAACUAUUCAAGUCGAUGUUCUUGUCUGCGGGGGAGGCAUGUCUGGGAUGGCAUGCGCUGCUUUUGCAGCGGAAGCAGGAGCCAAAGUACUGGUUGUCGAGAAGCAAUCGGAUGUUGGUGGUUCGUCAAAUUACUCUGCGGGAAUGUUCUGGGCCCCGCAAACAUAUGACAAACUGAGAACCUGGAUCCCAGAGGGAGAUCCGGCAUUGCAGAAGGCCUGGUUAAGCGAUUAUCUACCGGCUGUACAGUGGAUGCGUGAAAAUGGCGUGCCAACGGCAAACCGAUUCGACGGUAUCGUGACAAUCGGUAUUGGAUUCCCAAUUAAAAUUCCACACCUUCAUAACCUCCAUCGAAAGCGCAUUCAGUCUAGCAAGACAAAUUCCGAUAUUUUGACCAACACGUCGGUGGUCAAGUUGAUUCAGAGAGAGCCCAGGGUUUCAGGAUCAAGUAUAAUUGGCGCUGUCAUUUGCAGGAACUUUACCAACUCGCCAACUGUAUAUUACGAAGUCCGAGCCAAAAUGGUGGUGUUGGCUACCGGGGGCUUCCAAGGUUCUCCGGCGAUGACAUCUAAAUACUUGGGACAAGGCGGAGACAACAUCUCUGUGCGCUCCAGUCGUGGAUCUGUGGGCGAUGGACUCAAUCUGGCCAUCGAAUCUGGUGCGGGAACCAGUAGAGGAAUGAACACCUACUAUGGUCAUCUUCUGGCAGCUCAGGUUCGAGCUGAAGACGUGGAUCCAAAGGACUAUCUUCCACUUGCACAAUACCAAAGCAAAUUCUGCAUAAUACUGAACGAAGCAGGUCUGCGAUUUGCCGAUGAGACUACAGGUGACGAGAUCAUCAAUCAGUAUCUCGCCAAGCAGCAAAAACGCCGCGGGUUUAUAUUGUUCAACGAGAAAACCCGUCUCCAACACUGCGUCACUGCGUUGUUCCCUAAUGCAGGGGACAUCGAUCGUCUGCAGAAAGCCCGCGAACAUGGCUGUAAUGUUGGAAUUGCGUCAACAUUAAGUGGUCUGGUGGAUAUUCUUCACGGAUGGGGUGUGAACGAUGUACAGGCAAGACGCACUAUCGAGGAGUAUGAUCGAGUCGUGCGUUUGGGGGACAAGAGCAUUUCCCUUGAUGCCCCUAUCGGUCGUGCUGGUUCGCCCCCUACACCCUUGGCGGAUGGGGAAGGUCCCUUCUAUGCCAUGGAGGUCCAGCCGUCGAUCACAUUCACCUACGGCGGUUUCGCGAUCGAUGCGUUUGCUUGUCGCGGGCGCGAUGCUGGUGGAUUCAGCAAUCUUGGAUACGCCGGGGGUCUUUCUCUCGCGUUUGCGGCAGGUCUCUGGGCGGCUCGAGAGGUUGCAUGCGAGUUGGGAUUGCCGGAGCCUCGCCUACCCCAUGCCGAUGUUCGGGAUGGGGAGGAUAAACCAAUUCAAUGGCGUAUUUGA